UGUAAAGUGUCGGCAGCACCAUGAGACAGCCAGGAGUGUGCGGUAGAAGUCACACAGUUUAGUGGAGGGAGGGGCUGUUCUCAGCUGCGAGAUGUCAGGUCGCUGUACUCCAGCAGAAGCACAGUGCUCUUCAUGCUGACUGGUGAGGGUCUACAUCUGCAGCCGCAUGUCUACUUCAUCUAGAACUCCCUCUACACUCCAUCAUGGAAGAAGACUUCUUUGAGUCACCUAUAACUGCUGGAAACUUCAACAUUAGCUCGCAUUGUAACGUCAACAAGACUUUCACUUUUCACUUCUUAUCUUCAGUUUACCUUAUUGUCUUCAUAUUUGGAUUAUUAGGCAAUGGGUUUGGUCUGUGGAAUAUGUGCAUUAACUGGAAGAAAUGGACAUCUUUGAAUGUCUUUGUGUUGAACCUUGGCAUUGCUGACCUUCUCUAUGUAGGGACAUUACCAUUUUUUGUGUCCUACUACCUCAGUGAAGGUGUUUGGAUGUUUGGCUAUGGAUUCUGCCGCAUUGCACGCCUCCUUUUCCACAUUAACAUGUACGCAAGUAUCACCUUUCUCACAUGCAUCAGUGUUCAGCGCUACCUAGGAAUAGUGCACCCAAUGAAAAUGAUGGGCAGCUUUCAGAACUUGCGUCCUUCGAUGUACAUCAGCAUUCUCAUGUGGAUAUUGGUCUUCCUUCAGAUCUUACCUAACCUCUACUAUACCAAUGCGAUGAAAAAUGACACAUACUGCCAUGACUCGACAAUCAAUGAGCACUUGGAAUCCUAUGCACCCUACACACUGAGCAUCACAAUCACAGGGUUCUUCAUCCCUUUCCUCAUCAUUAUGACUUGUUACACCCGGGUCCUAAAUGUGCUUACAAAAAACAAAAAUGUGGACCCAAACCUGAAGAGCAGAAGCAUCAAACAAGUGUUCAUCAUCUUGAUUCUGUUUGCCGUCUGCUUCUUCCCAUACUAUAUAUUUCGGAACCUCAAUUUGCUUUCCAGAGUCUGGCAGCUCAGGGGAACAUGCACCCGAAGUUUAAAGAAUGUUUAUAUAUCUUAUCAGGUGACCAGAGGACUGGCGGCUAUGAACAGCGCCAUCAACCCUUUACUUUAUUUAGUGACUAAUGAAAACUUUGUCUCCAAAUUUAGGAAUAUUCAGAGGAGAGCAUGGUACACCAUUGUCUAUGUGGCCAGAAACCAUUCUGUGCCUGAUAUCAAGGCUAUGAGUAUGAAUGAGAAGGAAGAAGACAAGAUGACUGAAGUAUUGUGAUGGACACCUUGUUACCCUGGUCUCAUCUGGCAUUUUUUUAUGCUACAGAACACUUCAGUAUGUAGGCUGUAUUGUCUCUUUUCCGAAAUCCCCAGUAUCCUACCAGGUUAUUUUCUUUAUUUUCUUCUCAUUGUCACUGAGAACCAAACCUACCUUAUGAAAACAGAGGAGAAGAUGAUCGUGUUGGGUCACGGAGAGAAGACUCAACCCUUAUACUGUAUAUGUCAUGAGAUUUAAAGACCCCAAUAGAGAAAGAGCACUUUGAAGAACAUACUAUUAAGAUUUAUUAAAGUCAGUUCACUGUGUUUAUUCAGUGAACCCUAAACCUUGCUAUACGCAGAGACAUCCUCAUAAUGUGAAUACUAGGAUUCUUUUGAUAGCAGAACUGUGAGUUGGCAGCAGGAUCAUCAUCUUUAAUACAGUCCGAUGCUGUUUGAAUUCCUUGGUGUCCUGCACGGAGUUACAGAUAUCCGUGGAUUAUUUUUCCUUUAUAUCAUACUGUAUAUCUUUACUAGUUUAUGAUGCUUAUUUCUUUUAUAUUCCUGACACUGUAGAAAUAAAAGUUGUGUUUG